GAGAAUUCGUAAGAAGCUUCGCCGCGCCCUCUCGACAAAUAUUACUGAAGAAAUACCCGGACCUGGAAUACUUAUAAAAAAAAACGUGAAACUGUUGCAAUCGCAAUGGAGUGUAAAGUCCGGAAAAAUGGCGACGAUCUGUCAACAGCAACUACGUUUUAUCAAAUACUAUGCCACUGCUAACCCAUUGCAACUGAGAAAACUUGUAAAAUAUGGAAGCUUUCGUCUCAAAGCAUGCUAAACGACCGAAAGUGUUCUUUUUGUCGUAGACAAUUUUAACGAACAUCGAAUUUUACGUAUUCUCGUAUAAAACAGGAUUCUUCGCUGCGACAUUUAUUACUACAAUGGCACUACAAGAGGACGAAAACACUUGGAUAUUAGAAUUGGAAGCAGCGCUACUUGAUACAGAAGCACCAUCUGCAUCUGAUAUAUAUGCCAUAUGUAAAGGCCAACCAAUCCCUACAAAUUUAAGACCAGAUGUUUGGCAGGCUUGCCUCUAUGUUACUGAUCGACGCGAUCAAUUGAGCCAAUUUAAUGAAGUUUAUGAUUUGCCUGAACAAAAUAUAAUUCGUGAUGACUGUCAACAAUUAGUCGCAAAACUUGGCAACGAUGAUGAAGAUAAAGUUUCUGUAGUUUCUGAUCUUGAAUCUAUAUUAACAUUUUAUUGCAAAAGUAAAUGCAAACAAUAUGAAAAAGGAAAUGGAUGGAUAGAAUUAUUAGGUCCUUUAAUAGCUUUAAAAUUACCACGUGCUGCAACUUAUAAUCUUUUUGAGGCAAUAAGAGAUAUCUAUAUCCCAAGUGGCGAAACAUACAGCUCGGUUUUAAGAUUACUGCUGCUCUAUCAUGAACCAGAAUUAUGCUCAUUUUUGGAUACGAAAAGAAUAUCACCUGAUCAAUAUACAAAAGUAUGGAUGAAUACACUAUUUGCUGGUGUUUGUUCAUUGCCAGCAAUCUGUACUAUGUGGGAUUUGUACUUUAUGCAAGCUGAUCCAUUUUUCAUGCUGUUUCUUUCACUUAUUAUGAUUAUAAAUGCCAGGGAACAAAUCUUAAGUAUGAAAGACGAGGAGAAGCAAAAUAUAAUAGAUGCCAUAGCAAUAAUGCCGUGUGCUUUAGAAGCAGAGGAUGUAACCGAUUUCUGUUCUUUGGCACAAUAUUAUGCAAUGAAAACACCAACAUCUUUUAAACAGGAUUUGUACCCUAUAAUGUUUGGUGAACAUUCUGAUGAGAAAUUAAUAUCUCAUGCAUUGUGUUUGCCAGUAUCAGCACAAGAAUUAGUAGAAAAUGCUAUUGAAGCUCCAUCUAUACCUAAUACUGUCGAGGUUGUUAGAUUCUUUCUCGUAGACUGUAGACCUGCAGAACAGUAUAAUGCAGGCCAUUUACCAACAGCAUUUCAUCUCGAUUGUAACUUGAUGCUUCAAGAACCUGCUGCGUUUGCUACAGCAGUGCAAGGUUUAUUGCAAGCUCAACGCCAAGCGCUAGCUGUUGGUUCACAAGCUGGUGGAGAACAUCUUUGUUUUCUGGGAAGUGGUAGACAAGAGGAAGAUCGUUAUACACAUAUGGUAGUAGCAUCCUUUUUACAAAAACAUACACAAUAUGUGAGUAUGGUUACUUCUGGGUAUCAAGCGAUUCAUGAAUAUUUCGGCGAUGAAGUGGUUUCAAGUCUUGUCGAUCAUAAUUCGCAACAUUGUCUGGUAUGUAAUACUAACAUGUCAGAAGAAAAUUCAAACGAAGCGAGCCCGGUAAAAGUUAAAAAUAACAAUUCCGAUCUCUUGGGGAAAAUCGGAUUAGCUAUGAAGUUAAAAAGCCAAGAAGUAAAAGGAAAGCUGUUCGAUUAUAUCGUUAACCCUACAGCGAACAUCAAUAGCAAUACAGAAAAGAGAGAUAGUAAAGAUUUAGACUACAUUAAACGUCAAAGAAAAACUGCACCUGUAUUUAGUAUAGAUGACGAUCAAGAGAUAGAUAUGACUAUGACUAAUAAUGAAAGUGAAGAGCCUAUUGAAGUAGUAUCUAUACAGCAAUGGAUGAAAGAUCCUAAGCUAUUACAUUCCUUUAAAUGCCAAGAGGUGAAAGUCAAUGGUGAUCUCUGUGAUAGUCAACUACUGGUUACCGAUAGUCAUCUUAUAGUACUACGAGAAAUCCCGGAGCGAAAAGGUGCCGCGCAUGUAAUUGUGAAACGUCCUUUAACGAGUAUCGUUAAAAUAACAUCGAGAAAGCGACAUGCCGAUCUAAUAACUUUCAAAUAUGGUACAACACAAUAUAAUGAUACGGUUAUUUCAGAUAUGGAUAAGUUUCUUAUACCCAAUGCAAGCGAAGCGACUAAAUUAAUAACACAACAAAUCAUGAAACAAUUAAAAACAUCUGACUAAUGUCACAGACACAUAUUUUAUUUAAAAAAUUCAAAUUACUGUACAAAAAUCAUAAAAUCCAAUUUUUGAUGAGAAAUUUUUCUAACAAAUUCAUUUUUGACAAUAUGCAAAAGUAUUUAACUUUUUUGUUAUAUAGUUAUUUAGAUUUUUAUUUGUUUAUGUAUAUAUAUAUAUAUAUAUAUAUAUAUAUUUCUCAUUUAUUAAAUAUAAUCAUCUCUUAAAAUUAAUAUAAAAGUAUUGACAUGUACAAUACAGUAAUUAAAAAUUCAUAAAUUUUUUAAUGUUAUGUAAAAAUAAUUUUGAUUGUUGAUAUAUCAUAAUGUAUUGAUUACUGGUUUUUUUUUUGUAUAUAAAAAUUAUGUUUUUGUCAUAUUAUGAACAGAUAAAUUUAAUUCUAUAUAACUUCUUAUAUGUUUCAUUAACACAAUGAUUUUAUGCGUGUACAUUAUUUAGAUAGUCACAAUUUUUCUCAAUACCAGGGUGGAUGACUGACCUAAAAACCAAUGCGUUCAUAACUUUGUAAAUCACAUUUAUAUAUAAUUGUUAUAUUAACCAUACAAGAGAGAAUACAUUUUAGAUUUCUAUUAGAAAUAUCUAAAGGCCUUAAAUUUUUUGUUGUGUAACAAUUUUCAUAAAACUUUCGCAAUGCCAAUGAUAGUUAAAACUUCAUUUGAUUAGAGACUGAGAUCUUGUAGAAAAAUAAUAUAGAAGUAAUGAAUUAAUAGUUAAUAUUGUUUUUUAAUACACAUGUGCCUAACUAAUGCACAUUUUUAAUUAUUCUUUGGUUGUGACAUAUAAUGUAAAUGAAUAUUAAAGCAGAAAUAAUGAUCUAAUUAGUCCUAAAUGAUUUUCAGACAUUUACUAUCUGCUGUUAUAUAAAAUUUGCAUUUUGUAAAUUGUCAUAUUGUGUUUUUGUGGGACAAAUCUGUUUGUAUUUAUGUAAGUGAUUAUUAAGUGCAAUGUUUGCAAAUAAAUAUAUCUUUCACACUUAUUUAUUGCUAACAUUUUUCAAAGAUUAGUUAAAAAGUUAUAUAAAAAAAGAAUACUUUGAGAAAAGAUUAUAUUUACCAAUUAAAUCUUGUGUGUGUGUAUAUAUUUGUGAACAUUUAUACUUAAAAAAUUUUUUCUUGUUAUGUUAACUGCAAAAAUAUGUAAGGUGUCCUUGAAAUUUUCAAGUAAAAAAUCUAAUAUAAAAUCUAAAAUUCUGAUGAUUUAUUUCAGGAACACUCUACACAAUUUUGCAUUUGUAACGUAUUUAUAUAAAGUAAGUUAUAGUAAUUUAUAAUUGCAUUACUUCUGAUUAUAAUCUUUGACAAUACCAAUUAUGUGAGGUAAUAUUCCUUACAUCUUUUAUUAAUGAAUUUUCUCUUGCUACAGCUACUUAAAUAUGAUUUGUGAAUAUAGCUUUUUACGUUCACUUUAACAUUCACUAACAUUUGUAAACUAAUUAAAAAUUCAUUGAAAUAUAAAAAGCAAUUUUAAUAUCUAAAAAUUAUAAAAAAUUUAUCAGAAGAUUAGAAAAUUUAUAUAUUAUUGAUAAUUUAAGUAUUACUACAAAAUUGCUAGUAAAUAAUAUUCAACAUAUACAUAAUUUUUCAACUUUCUUGAUAUGUAGUACACAUCAUAUGUGUAUAUGUGAUAGAACUUUUCCAUGUACGAGCUUCCAAAUAGAGAAUUUGGAAAAAAUAUAAAUAAAUUAUAGGUAGAUAGCAUUCGAAAAUUGACUUUUAAGGAAUUGUAUGUUUAAAAUAUGUAUGUGUGUAUAAAACUUGACAACUAUUAGAUAUCUGUUUAUAAGUAUGUAUGUGUGUGUGUGUGUGUAAGUAAAAAAGCCAUGUGUAACAUAAAAAAUAAUAUAUAUAAUAAAGAUUUUAACAAAAUAA